CGCAACUUGCUGAUUUCUCCUCUCCCACCUAAACCUCACUUUCAAUACUUAACUUUCAGCGGAACUUGUAAACAAUCCUCGAUUCUCCCGUGUUCAACCUGCGAAACCUGCAGACAAACGACCUACCCGCCCAUUUGCACUCCCAUCUGCCCAUCAUCUCCCUGUCUCCUCUCUAUCCAGAAUCCUUCCUCCUAUCCGUCCAAGAUGUCCACCGAACGUGAAAGCAAGACUUUCUUGGCUCGCCUCUGCGAGCAGGCCGAGCGUUACGAUGAGAUGGUCACCUACAUGAAGGAGGUGGCCAAGCUGGGUGGAGAACUCUCCGUCGACGAGCGCAACCUCCUUUCCGUUGCCUACAAGAACGUGGUUGGCACCCGCCGUGCCUCGUGGCGAAUCAUCUCCUCGAUCGAGCAAAAGGAGGAGUCCAAGGGCUCUGACAAGCACGUCGCCACCAUCCGUGAGUACCGAAACAAGAUCGAGGUUGAGCUCGAGAAGGUCUGCCAAGAUGUUCUGGAUGUUCUGGAUGAGAGCUUGAUCCCCAACGCUGCUACCGGCGAAUCUAAGGUCUUUUACCACAAGAUGAAGGGCGACUACCACCGUUACCUGGCCGAGUUCGCGUCUGGUGAGAAGCGAAAGGUUGCCGCCACCGCCGCGCAUGAGGCUUACAAGAGCGCCACCGACGUGGCCCAGACUGAGCUCACCCCGACCCAUCCCAUCCGCCUCGGGCUCGCUCUCAACUUCUCUGUCUUCUACUACGAAAUCCUCAACUCUCCCGACCGAGCUUGCCACCUUGCCAAGCAGGCUUUCGAUGAUGCCAUUGCUGAGCUCGACUCGUUGUCCGAGGAGUCGUACCGUGAUAGUACCCUCAUUAUGCAACUCCUCCGUGACAACCUGACCCUGUGGACCUCGUCAGAGAGCACCGAGGGCGAGGGUGCCGGCGCCCCGGAGGCUACCAAGGAAGAGAAGCCGGCUGAGGAGGCUGAGAAGCCCAAGGAGGAGACCGCCCCUGCCCCCGAGUCUUAGAUAUGCCUUGACGGAUACACCUCCUUUCCUCAGCUGAACAUGAUACUCCGUAGACAUUCUCAAAGGGCCGGGGUUCCGUUGAUACCCAGCUGGCGAAGGGCUUAUGGCAUCGGUUAGGAGGGGUGGUGCAAGAGUUGCUUUCGAUGCAGGACUGGAGAAUGCGAAGGGGUUUCCCUGGUCGCGUUUCACCUGAGGAUACGUCGGUAAAGGCUACGUUAUAGUAUGUCCUUGUACUCGACAAUACACAUUUCCACAACCAUGGCUGUAUUUCCAACUACCCCCGUGUGUACAGGGACUGCGAGGGCCCCUGGAUGGUCGUGUGGACAAAUUUCAUACAUCUCCCCCCCCCCCCCCCCCCCCCC